AUGGUCCUACUUCAAGAAACCAAGAGAUCCACAAUUGAUGAAAAGUUUGUCAUAUCAAUCUGGGGCAGAGAACAAAUGGAUUUCAUGGCAGUUGACUCAGCAGGAGCUGCUGGUGGCCUCUUAUGCAUUUGGAACCCAGAAGUGUUUCAACUGGUUGAUUGCUGCAGUAAUAGGAACUUCAUAAUUUUAUCAGUGGUUGAUCUACCUAUGAUGGAAAGAAAAUUUACCUGGUGUAACUCUCAGGAGGGAGAGAAAUGGAGUAGAAUUGACAGGUUCUUGCUCAAUCCAGAAUGGUUGCAAAUGUUUAACUUUAAGCUUUGGGGGCUGCCUCGGAUGAUCUCUGAUCAUUGUCCUAUUCUGUUGAUGGAGGAUGAGAGAGAUUGGGGUCCAACUCCAUUUCGAUUUUUAAAUGCUUGGACCCUACAUCCGAAGUUUAGGCCCUUUGUAGAGAAUACGUGGCUAGAAGCUAAUGUGGUGGGAUGGGCUAGUUUCAAGUGUCUCCAGAAGCUCAAAAUAUUAAAAUUGGCUUUGAAACAGUGGGAUAAAGACGUCUUUGGUGAUGUGGAGCAUAAACUUAAUCAAGUUGAAGAGGAGAUUCAUGCACUUGAUUUAAGUGCUGAAGAUAGACCUUUAUCUGAAGUAGAGCAAGCUAGAAGAAGAGAGGCUAAAGGCAUCGCUUGGAAACUAAGUAAAAUGGUGGAAUGGGCAUGGUUACAAAAAUCUAGAAUCAAGUGGUCAACACAAGGAGACAGGAACACAAAAUUUUUCCAUAUUAUGGCCAGCUCUAGGAGAACCAGAAAUUCUUUAUGCUCAAUAGUUGUUAAUGGAAUUGUUAAGGAGGAUCCUAUGGAGGUAAGAGCUGCAGUUCAACAACAUUUUAUUAACCAAUUUACUGAAUCAUCGCGUAUUAGACCGAGGCUAUCUGGGCCUUUCUUAUCCAUUGGGGGUACAGAAGAUGUCCAGCUCUUGGAAGCUGAGUUUUCAAAAGCUGAGAUUGAAGCUGCGGUUAAAAGUUGUGAAGGAAACAAAGCACCUGGUUCAGAUGGGUUUAACCAUAUGAUGUUUAAAAAGUGUUGGAAGGUCAUCAAGGCAGAUGUGCUGCAAUUCAUGAAGGAAUUUCACCAAAAUACAAAACUUGUUGAGGCAUUAAUAGCUCUUUUGUUGCUUUGA